GGGGCGGCCCGGGGAAGUCAGCCGCCAGCAGCAGCGCAGUGUGGCCGGAGCCGAGGCCCCGGGGACCCUGGAACCUCCCCCACCCGCGGCCCUGGCACCUCGUGGGUUAGAAGGGGCUGCGGGGCUGGGGCCUGCGGGAGCGGAGCUGGGGUGCGCUCGCAGGCGAACCUGCUCUUCGGAUUCCGUCGCGGGAACCUUAGCCAUUGUCGGGAAGCUCGCGAUCCUGUGAACGGGGCGGGGGCUUGUCGCGCUUGUUUCAUUUAUCCUAUGGCUGUCAUAGGAAUAUUUUCGUGGCGUGACCUGGUAGAGCGUUUGCAUUCUAUGCUGUCUGCAGACACGGUUCUCUUCGCUGCUAUCAUUGCAGCAGCAGCUGCGAAGCUCCUCAGGCAUGCUUUCCCUGGCAAGCAGAGAGCUCAGUAGCAGUCGCGUGAGGGACCCGUGCGGAUUUGAUCGAAAUCAGAAACGACGCCGUGACAGGACAAGACAGGGCAGAGGUCCCUCCAUCUUGUACUCUUGCCGAGGCCGUUUCCAGGGUGAACUAGAAAUCUGAUUUCCUUGAUGGAGGGUCCCCAUGGAAAACUAGCCAACUCAACUCCAGGAACCAGGGGUCGGAUUGUCCUAGCUAACCUGCCUUGCUCAGCCUCUGUUCAAACUGCGUGUUUACGGAGAACAUCCUCCUGCUAACCUUUUACCUUAGCCGUCCAUGUGUGCCGGAUCCGCCUCAGGCAGGAUUUGAUAGCACUCCGUGCUGUGACUGUGGACUCCUUUCUUGCUGCAGGAGUGGCAGCCUAGACCCUGCUCGCAGCGUUCCUCACAGAGAUCUCCCGUCGAAGUACAACAGUCUGGUUUCCGUGGGCGUCGGCCUUUUCCCUGUUUGGUCCAUGGAAAGCUCCAGGUGCUUCCUGAAGACUCUCUUUCCAUUAGGCAGGUCUCACACUGCUCAACCUGUGCUGCUCACCUGUCCAGACAAUAAGCUCCGGAUCCUGUAGAGAGAGAAGACUGUACCAAAGGAGCCGGUGCCGUUCAGAAUCUACAUCCCUAUGACUGUAUGUGGACUUGUUUCCCCCUGCGCUACUCUGCAGGCUUCCCAGUUCACUGGAAUUAAGAGUUUGGGUGUUUGUUCCUGAGACAGAAACUCCGAGAAGAGCAACAGGAAGAAUGGAUGAUUCUUCUGUAAAUGCACCCCAGGGUCUGCUGACAUUCAGCAAUGUGUCUGUGGACUUUUCCCAGGAAGAGUGGGAAUGUCUAGACUCUUCUCAAAGGGCUUUGUACAUGGACGUAAUGUGGGAGAAUUACAGCAAUCUAGUUUUUGUAGAGAACCAUUGCAUAUGUGGUAAAUAUGAGAAGGUCUUGGAUCAAGGCUCAAAGCAUACUGUCCAUCAGCAUGUGAAUACCCAAGAGAUGUGUGACAAAUGGUAUGAGCUUGACAAAACGAUUCAUGAAUCCUCCCAAGAUAUGCCUUAUAACGUAAGUGGUACUACAGAAAAUUGCAAGGACUACAGAAGUGGUAACCAUAGGGAUGCCUCUAUUGAAUCAUCAAACGCAAGGUUUGGGAACACUGCGGAAGAACAAUACAGACAUCAAGAUUAUGGGGAGUGUUUAAAUAUGUGCCCUAUUAUUAACCAAUAUCAACGAAUCCAAACUGCGAAGAAAGAACACAAAAUUACAGAGUAUGAUGAAUUUUUUGACUAUAACCAUGAACUAAAGGUGCAACAAAUCCAUAGUGGAGAAAAACCAUACCAAUGCAGGAAAUGUGGAAAAUAUUUCAGGACCUAUUUCAGCCUCAGUAGACAUCAGAGAACUCACCCUGGAGAUAAACGCUAUAAAUUUACAGACUGUAGUAACUCCUUUCUCUAUUUGUCACACCACAAAGUACAUUACAACAUCCAUUAUGGAGAAAAAUCCUACAAAUGUACAGAAUGUGGCAAGUGCUUUUAUUAUACAUUGGGCUUUAAAAGACGUUACAGAAUUCACACUGGAGAGGAGACUUACAAAUGUAAUGAUUGUAGAAAACCGUUUAUCUGCUGCUUAGGUCUUAGAAAAUAUCAGAAUAUUGGUGGAGGAGGAAGACCUUAUGAAUGUAAACAAUGUAGUAAGUCCUUCUAUACAUUGUCACACCUUGAAUACCAUUACAGGACUCACAGAGGAAAGAAAAUUUAUAGAUGCAAUGAAUGUGGUAAAUCCCUUUCCACCUCCUCAGGUCUGCAAAGACAUAGAAGAAUUCAUACAGGCGAAAAGGCUUACAUAUGUGAUGAGUGUGACAAGUGCUUUAUCCAGAAGUCCCAACUUAAAACACAUCAAAAAAUUCACACAGGAGAGAAGACUUACAAAUGUAGUGAGUGUGAGAAAUGUUUUUCUGUUGGUGCAUCCCUUAGAAUACAUCAGAGAAUUCACACAGGAGAGAAACCUUACAAAUGCAGUGAGUGUCACAAAUGCUUUAUCCAGCAAGCCCACCUUAGAAGACAUCAGAAAACUCAUACAGGGGAGAAACCUUACAAAUGUAGCGAGUGUGAGAAAUCCUUUACUGUUGGCUCAGAUCUUAGAAUGCAUCAGAAAAUUCAUACAGGAGAGAAACCUUACAAAUGUACUGAGUGUGACAAAUGCUUUAUCCAGAAAGCCAAGCUUAAAAAACACCAGAGAAUCCAUACGGGAGAGAAACCUUUCAAAUGUGGUGAAUGUGAGAAAUCCUUUACUGUUGGCUCAGAUCUUAGAACACAUCAGAAAAUUCACACUGGAGAGAAGCCUUACAAAUGCACUGAGUGUGACAAGUGCUUUAUCCGGAAAGCCAACCUUGGAAGACACCAGAGAAUCCACACAGGAGAGAAACCUUACAAAUGUAGUGAAUGUGAGAAAUGCUUCAUCCAGAAAGCCAAUCUUAGAACUCAUCAGAGAAUCCACACAGGGGAGAAACCUUACACAUGUAAUGAAUGUGGGAAAUCUUUCACCGUUGGCUCAGAUCUUAGGAAGCAUCAGAAAUGUCACACUGGAGAAAAACCUUACAAAUGCACCGAAUGUGACAAAUGUUUCAUCCGGAAAGCCCACCUUAGAAGACACCAGAGAAUCCACACGGGAGAGAAACCUUACAAAUGUAGCGAGUGUGGGAAAUGCUUCAUCCAGAAAGCAAAUCUUAGAACUCAUCAGAAAGUCCAUACAGGAGAGAAACCUUACAAAUGUAGUUACUGUGAGAAAUGCUUUAUCCAGAAGGACCAUCUUAGAACACAUCAGAGACUUCAUACAGGCGAGAAGCCUUACAAGUGUAGUGAGUGUGAUAAAUCUUUUGCUGGUGGCUCAGUUCUUAGAAAACAUCAGAAAAUUCAUACUGGAAGAAACCUUACCGAUACAGUAAAUUUGACUAAUUCCUUAUCCAGAAAGCCAACCUUAGAACUCAUCAAGGAAUUGAUACAGGAGAGAAACCUUAUAAAUGCAAUGUAUAUGGCAAACUCUUUACCUGUCUCUCAGGUCUAAGAAAACAUCAGAAAAUACAUACUAAAGAAAAAACUUUCCAUUGAAAGUCAUAUGGCAUAUGCUUUAUCCAAACUCUGCCCUUAUGAGCCAUUACAGCAUCCACACUGGGGAAUCAAUAUGUACAUGAGAAAUGUGUGAAAGCCUCUGAAUAAUGUUCGAAUCUUAGAAAACAAAAUCCAUACUUUAUACUGAGGAAAAAUUCUGCAAAUGUGAUAUUGCAGGAAAAUUUUCAUUAAAACAUUUUGCUUUCUCACCUUCAAAUAAUUCAUUAUGAAUACAAAAUGGAGAAACCUGAAGAAUGUGCUGUUGUUUGGCAGUUUUCUGGAGCCUGAAACAUUUCAUCUUGUAGGGAAGCUGAUUAAGACAGUAAAUAAAUCAAUAAAAUAGCUUCGUGAAGUCCCUGAAACUGUCAGGAAUCACUGUGUUUAAUUCUGUUGAAGAAGCCUAAACCAGUCUUUCUGUUUAGAAGAGGCUUUGAUGAAUUGAGCCAGUAAGAUACAAUGCCCUUUGACAUAAAGGUAUGCCUGCAGGUGUGUAGUAUUCGCUGGAUGUCCAAUGUUCAUAAGCUGUAUUUCAUGCUGGCUUGGCAUUUCAUGAUGACAACUGUCUUUCACUUUUGUCCCUGUAAGCAACUCCAUUCCCAUUAUUUGUGCAAGUAACCCCAAUAAAGGCUGUUGGUUCAACACGA